AUGCUGUUGGCUGUGAUGUAGAGUUUAGAAUGCUUCAUUUUUCUCUCUGAAAACAGUUAUCUAGCCAUGCUGCCCAGAAAUGCUAUGCCUUUGAAGCUGUUAAUGGCGUUUAUGUAUGUAAGCGCAAUCGUCAAUCGUGUAGAAGGCUCGUACUCAGGUACAAACACUGGUACUUACCAUGACCAGAUGAGGCGCAUGGCUUUGAUGAAGGCAUCGCAUACCAUCCGCAAUAAGGCCUCAACAACCCAAAGCUAUUCAACACCAACUCUAUAUGCAUCCGCAGAAUCACGUGUACAUCACGUGACUGAGUAUGGUGCUGACCCAACCGGAAGAUCAGACAGCACAGAGGCACUACAGCAAGCUAUUUUACAUGCCUUUGGAUCUCCUCUUGAUGGUCACUUGAUCAAGGGUGUUGCUGACCUUGGAGGCACUCAAGUUCACCUUGAUGGAGGGACAUACAAGAUCAGCCGUCCGCUGCUCUUACCAGAUACCGGCGGUGGAAACUUUAUGAUUCAUGGUGGAUCUCUUCAUGCAUCCGAUGAUUUCCCAACCGAUCGCCAUCUUAUCGAGCUACGGUCACCGUCGACUUCUCUUGUGUACGAAGAUAUCACGCUCAAGGAUCUCAUGAUAAACUCAAAUUUCAGAGGUGGUGGAAUUUCGAUUAUCAAUUCACUAAGGACUACCAUUGACAAUUGUUACAUUUCACAUUUCACAAGUGAUGGUAUAUUAAUUCACGGUGGCCAUGAAACCUAUGUUAGAAACUCCUUUAUUGGUCAGCACAUCAAUAUCGGAGGCGAUCACCGUGAAAAGGAUUUUUCCGGCAUCGGAAUUAACAUCAUAGGAAACGAUAACGCAAUCACCGAUGUGGUUAUUUUCUCAGCAUCAAUUGGUAUAAUGGUACAAGGGCAAGCCAACGUGUUCACCGGAGUACAUUGUUACAACAAGGCCACUGGAUGGGGUGGGACUGGAAUUUACAUUCGGGCACCUGGGUUGACCCAAACUCGAAUCCUAAAUUCCUAUUUUGAUUUCACGGGAGUCGUGGCUGAGGACCCGGUCGAACUCCAUAUAUCCGGGUCAUUCUUCCUUGGCAAUGCCUUUAUUUCGAUCAAAUCAUUGAAGGGUGUGGCAUGUGGCAUCACCAUCGUUGAUAAUAUGUUUUCAGGUGAUUAUACCGGUGUCCCAAUAGUCCAUCUAGAUCAAUCCAACGGUCGAUAUUUUACUACUAUUGAUCAAAUUAUGGUUGAUCGAAAUGUCGUGCGGGGUAUGGUUCAUAAAUCAACGGUUGCCAAGGGGUCAGUUUGGAGUAAUGGGACUAGAUGGACCGUUGAUUUCUCACACGUUCUCCUUUUCCCUAAUCUCAUACAAAAUGUGCAGUACACAUUGCAGGCAAGUGAGUCAUUUCCAAAACAUGUCCUACGAAAUGUGUCGAGGAAUUGUGUCACAGUAGAAUCAGACGUACCCGUUUCUGCCACGUUGCAUGUGUUAGUGGAUCAGAGCAUGAUGGGUUACGUAUAAUUUUAAGUGUGAUUAAAAUACAUGUACAUCAAAACACAUACAUGAUACAAUGAAGUUAGUUUCUUCUGUUUUUUUUUACUAAUGAAAGCAUCUGUUCAUUGGAAAA